UUCGACGUCAUUUAAUGGUAAACGCGCCACAGGCACUGCAUCUCGUAACGAUAGCUGUGCAGGUGCAAAUUGAAGUUGAGUAGGCUUCUGUGAUCUGCACAUAUGACGAAAAGGAGGGCAGAGGGAGCAAUUGACCAUGAUUCGCCUCAUAAAAGACUGUGCUUCCAGUCCCUAUACAACAACGACAUAGCGUUGCCCGCUUUACGAGUUGUCCAUGACGCAGACGCACCGUCGUUGCUAUCUUUUUUAAGUAGCCAUUGCAGAAAGCGAAAUUUUUUCGAUGACAGAGAAACCCAAGAGUCGUCUCGACCGCGAAAGAGGUCGUUUAAAAACAAGAUGAGCUGGACAGCCUUGGCUGAUAAUGAGAACAAUUCUGGAAGGUUCCAGGAGGCAUGCGCGCAAUCUGUGCCACAGCAGGUUGCUUCAAAGAAACGACCACGCGAGGAGCCCCACCUGCAAGGAUCAGAACACGUUCGAAAUGUGACAGAAAAAGCAGAUGGAGACUUGAGUACUUUCAACACAUUCCUAUUCUGGAGACCCCCUCUGCCAGAGCUUGACAUGUCAUUGUUGCAGAGCGCAGAGCCCACAGCAGCACGAUACAGCAGAGACAGCGAAUCCAUGGAGACAUGAAGAAAAAACUAUGUCAUGGGGAAGGAUGGGAGAAGAGGAUGGUGAAGUUCUGUACAGUCCAAAACAAAGAUUUUAGAGCGGAGCUCUAACGUUAGCUUUAACUCUGACUUUAGACGCGUAGCGCUGUAGAUCUAGAAUCUUUGGUUCAGACCAUGAGUGCAUUUGAGCCGGAGGACUAAGUUGUGCACUCAAACAGUGUCUUUCUGAACAGUAUACUCCCCUAGAAGACUAGGACAUCUGCAGUGUACAAACAGAUUAAAUAGACCUAAAUAAAUGACCAAACAAUAAUCACUCACUGCAUCCCCUGAAACUUAAUAUUCAGCUUAAUGGGAGUUUUAUAUCAACAUUUCUUUGAGAUACAUUGAUAGCAGUUUUACAUGACUCCGAGAACUAGAUUUUUUUGGAGUGUGAAUAUUGAUGAGCUCAGUGUUAUGGGUUUGUAAUGGCCAUCGAAAUAUCAUUACUACUUUGUUUGCUCUAAUGCUUUGCCUUGAUUGAAUCGAACCAAUUUGCAAGGCGGAGUAGGAAUGUCUAGGCCUACCUAAUAAAAAUCCUGUGUUGUCUUCACAUAAAAGUACAUAAAUGUUUUAUUUUGUACCUUUUCAGUUUUCAGAUGUUUUGCAUUAUGUUAGUGGAAAUUGAUCAGUGUAAGAGACCUGAACUGCCACUGCCAUACUGUACUGUAAUUGCUUUUUGGCAAUUAAAUGUUUGUUUUCCCUAUA